AUGAUGAUUUCCCCUUGCAGUGUAUCCGUCUCUUCAGACACGUCGUUCUCAACAUUUUGAACUGUUUCAGUGGGGGUUCACAAAUUAACAUUCAGUGGGGCUACCGCUUCUACUCUUCAUCAAAAUAUCAAUUAACUAACAAAGCUCGCUUUGUGGAACUUACUACCCAAACUGUGGAGGCGUUUGAAGAAGCAUUGCAUGUUAGUUUUGAACAGAACAAUGUCUUCAUUGAAGGAGCCACUUUGAAUCAAAUGACUGGAGCUAGUGUUCUCAGUCGAACUCUUCAAGAUAUAUUUUCAGAUUACGAAUGGAAAACCACUUCUAAUGCCCUGACUCCUACCAGAAAAAGGAAAAGAACUGGAAAACAACUUGAUCAGAGCUUGCAAAAUCUUGUUUUCAUAUUUACCGAAGUACCAACUGAUGAAGGAAUAAGCUCAUUCUGCAGAUCCAGUGUUCAAGAUGAACUGUCCACUGUCAAAUCAGUUACUGAUGCUAUUUUGCCUAAAGAGUUGGCAAAAUGCUUUCAAGAGUUUCAACUAAGUCUGAAUUUCAUUGAUUUGUCAAAUGAUAAAAAGACAAUAUUUAGAAAAAUUGCUGGUAAUCUACGUGGGGCAGUAAUUAAUGCCUUGUCAUUUACCUCACCCUUUAGUUUUAGUCAAAUUUUGCAAGCUUCAUGCUUGGCAGAAGGUUACUCUAAAGAAAUGUGUUCUUCUUGCCAGUCUCUUUCACUUGGUUCCAAAACAGUUACCUUAGUACUCAAUGAACAAGAGAUUGAGUUUCAGUUGCAGUGCUGGAACCCUAGUUGCAUCAAAUCUAGUCUUCGUUCGGAAGACGAAAAUGUUAACACAUCUGUAAUCAAUUGCAAGACUGCACAGAAAACAUCAGUCCCAAUCUUAAACUGGUUCAGGUAUGAAUCACUACAUCUACUCUCCAGCAGGAGUGCGUCGAUACCGAAGCUUUUUUCACAGAAAAUAUCAUGGAUUGGUCAGUUGAACGACAGAUUUUGCUACGUUUCCCCACUUACUUCCCGUACAGCUUUUAUGCUAUUCCCAUCCGCCGAUUGCAUUUCCUUUCAAUCCUGGGCCACUAUUCUUUUUGGUUCAAUAAACCAAGAAAGCUCCACAGUCCGCGGUAUCAAUGACUCGGAAUUUUGUCGAAAGAAUUGUUGAAGAUCAGCGCAGAAGUUCGCCAUUUACCGAAGAUCUUUCACCUUCAAUUCCUAACCAGUGCCUCAACUGGUCUCCACUCAGUCACCUCAAAGGAAAUUAUGUUGAAAAGACAGGGGUUCACUUAGGAACGCAUUGGCAAAAUUUAAAACAUUGCUUUCAGAGUGAAGAAACACAGGAAAAAUGUUUAAAAGAAUUCAACAACAAUUCCUUUGAUCAACUGUCCCGCUCAAUUCCUCAAAACGACACGCAUUUAGGUUAUUUGGCCAGUGAAGGAGGUGCACUUAAAAAAAUUGGUUCUAAUAGGAUUCAAAACCUUCGCGCGUCUACUCUUCUGCAAAAAAGUCAGGAAGUUCGAGCAAAGAACGAUGAAAUAGAACGUGAAAAAAUUAAUCGGGAGAAACAAAUAGCCGAAGAAAGAAAGGAAAAGAUCUGGAAUGAAGUUGAAAUGUACUUGUUAAGUCUGCGUUCAUCGAUCGAAUUUGGCGAAGAUAAGGUUGAAAUAGUUCCAAGCAGAGUAGAAUUCGUUCAUCAAGAGAUACUGGAUCGCUGUUUAAAACUUAAAAAUCAAGAAAGUAACUCACAGCUUGAAGACUGGCAACUAUUCUGCCUAGUCCAAGUGAUAGCUAGUACAAUUCUCUAUGUAUGGAAAGAAAAACAAUCAAUAGUGAAAGGAUUUGAAAUAAUUCGGCAAAACUUCCUUAAAAAACCAGGAACAGUUAAUCGCUUAAUCCCAAAAGGCAAAAAAGUCCUCGAAUUCAAGUUUCAAAUUAUGCUUCGACUUGAAUUAUGUUGGGUUGUCCCUUCGCUGAUUGGAGAAGAAGAAGAAGUGCUGCAAGACACAGUUAGUUUGUUCCAAAUGCUGGCAAUCCAUUCUUCUCCUCAACUUAUCUCAAGUUUUUUCCAGGACGGUUUGGUAGUCAGCUUCGAAAACAUGUUACCCGAGUUUCUUGUUAACUUGGGAGAAGAAUUAAAUCAGCCUAUUCCGGCCAGCUUGAGUGAUAUUGUGCGAUCGAAAAAUUCAGCGCGAACUCCUAGUCCAACAUUAAGCUCCAGAACGUUGACGGUUCAUUCCGUUUCUCGGAACGAAACAUUAGACAGCCAAAGAUCAGUCACACUCGAUUUAAGGUCGAGGACACUGUCUAGACAACCAAGUCUAACUGUUCUUCAGCACAAAAAGCAGAUUAUACUUCCAAAUAAAGUUGAGCGGAUUCCUGUUGUCACCACCAAGAAAGAAGAGCCCAACGAGGUCGUACGGGUACGACGCAGUUUGCAGUUUGGAGGAAUUGAUGCAACUCUCAAGAAAACUCGAAUCAAAUCUCCAUCUAAAGCAACAUUUACAUCCAAGAAACUGAAAACGUCGUUCGAAUCACUAGCGCAAUUCACUACACCUAGCAAAGCAACGGAUCAAAUUUUGGCGCCAGAGACCCCAUCACGACUUCGCAGCGAUAACAAAAACAAGAAAACUGAUGGAAUUCACGUCGUCGGUGAAUCCCCAGAAAUUAAACAAGAGGUUUUGCGAAGGAGUCCUCGAAGAUUGGAAGCUGCCAUCGCUUUACGACGGCGAGCGUCUUUUUAUUCGACGCUAACCUCUGAUGUGAACCCGGAAAAGGGGGCGUCACGGAACUGGACCAGGGGGGAGAGCCAAGUCUGGUCAGAGAAGGCCAAGGCUAAUACUAGCAUCCAGCCUAUGGAAGAAAACAGUCAGCAAACUGGACGAUCAACACGCUUUUUCUUUUCGAAAAUUCUAUCGCGUAAUGAUUCAAUAUCCACCAGUGAGCUAGGCUUUAGUCAUGGGGUUGGGGUGAACAUUGUCGUACCCGACAGUUUAAUGCCAAUGCCAUCACUCGGCAAGUGUGGCAUCGGCAGUUACUCACGCAAUUGAAGAGUAUGAUGGUGAUAGGCUUUUCUUGGGCUAGCAAUACGCCUGGUGAAGUAGUGAGAGCAUAAUGUACUACGUAUUUCUAGCUCCCUUACAUUGCCCGAGCACGCCAACUUGCCCUGAAAAAAGGUGUCGUUUAUGUAAUCUUAUUUUUAUUUAUUUGAUGUAUUCAUUAGUUCAGUAGGGCGGCGCACUGAACGCUUAUGCCGCGGCAUUCGGGUUCAGGAAGCUGAAGGCCUUUACGUGCUCGUCUGAUGUAUUUGCUGGUGUCUUAUCUUCAACAACUUAGAAUACAGUGCUUA